ACGGCAUCGUCAUCAAACAACAAUACUGAGAAACGCGACAAUGGCUGUAUCCCUCACUGUGUCAAUGCAAGUCACUGCCUGGACCUGCUUUGUUUGUCAUGGAUGGUGAUUCUCCUCUGACCAUUGCCUAUGGCCACGCCUGUGGUACCUGUGCUCGCGCCAAGGUGCGCUGCAUCCCCCGGACUCGAGAUUCUCCGUGUGAGAGAUGUGAACGUUUGGGGAAGGAAUGUCGGCCAGGGUUGCGCCGGCGCCGUCCCAAGCGCCUCUCCAAGGCCGCCCAGCUGGAGCAGAAGAUGGAUGGCUUAAUGUCACUGCUGCAGUCGACAGGACAGCUGCCGGGAGGACGGCAACUCCCCGUCUCCGCUGGGAGCCAAGAAUGCGCAGCGACGUUGGGGAAUCCGCUGUGCACCCCCGAGUCCGACGGUAGUCUAAGCCCGCGCCAGUCGCCGCCCACCACCAUUAUCGCCCCCAGUCCAGCGGAAGCCGAGGCAAUGCUACAAUCCUUUCGCACCCACAAACUAGCUUGUCUGCCCUUCGUUCACAUCCCUAGCAGUAGCACCCCAGCUGAGCUGCAGCGCGAUUCGCCCUUUCUCUGGCGCUGCCUUAUCACCACUGAAACCAAGGAUGCCGCACAGCAGGCCCUACGCUGCGUCGAUAUCCGUCAGACCGCGGCCCAGAUUGCGAUGGUCGACUGCGACAAGAGUUUGGAUCUGUUGCAGGGACUGCUGAUGCAUAUAGCUUGGAUCUCCUUCCAGAGCUCCCCGCCUAAAUUGCUCAUGAUUAUGUACUGUCAAAUAGCCACCGCGCUCGUCUGCGAACUAGGGUUGAAUCGUCCGAGUCGGACGGAGGCGGCCAUGCUACCGCCGGUGUGCAACGAUCUUCUGCCACAUGCACCACCACCACAGUUUCCUGCCUCGCGUCCCAGAACGUUGGACGAGCGGCGAGCCGUAUUGGGCUGUUUCGUGAUCAGCUCGGUAAUCGCUCAGUUUCUAGGCCGCAUGGAGGUCAUGCGGUGGACGCCCCACAUGACAGAGUCUGUCGAGAUCCUGUCAAAUAGUAACGAGUCUCCGCAUGACAGCACCCUCGCAUACUUGGCACGUUCGCGGCUUCUUGUAGAGCACAUCCGCGAGGGACCGUGGAACGGGGAGAACUCAAGCUCGAGUGGGAUUCCGCGUGCACCCGUACCCUUCUAUAUGAGCAGUCUACAGACCCAGCUCAACCAGCUUCGAGCUGAUAUUCCCUCCAUCCUCCUGAAUAGCAGUAACCCUCUCAUCUUCUACCUCUUCCAAGCGGAGACCACUUUAUACGAGACCGCCUUAAUUCGCCCGUUCACCGACGGCAAUGACCUCCCCGGUGCGCUCGACUCAUGCCGGCUCGACCACCUCUGCGCAUGUCUAACUGCUGUCCGCGCUUUCUUCGACAGCGUUCUGACGACUCCGAUACCCACUUAUGCCUCCUUCCCCAUUAUUCAAAGCAUUCUGAUCGCACACUGCCUGGUCACUCUCUCGCGGUUGACGUUUGCCGAUAUCCCCGGCUGGGACACGCGACUUGUCCGCCGCACUGCGGAUGUGAUCGAGAUCUCUGAUCAGAUCAGCGAUAUGCUGGAGCAAGCGACGGCUCUCAACCGGGAAGGCCAGGACAAGGAUCCCUUCAGUAGGCUGGCCCUGACCGUGCGACGGUUGCGCGCCACGUGGGCGGCGAGACUCGGAGAACAGGCCCCUACCGGGCCCGCUGCCGAUGGUGGCGUAGUUGAUCCCCCGCCGCAGAUCUCGAGUCAGCAAGACCUCGUGUAUCCCGAGCAACCGCAACUGCCGGGUCAGGUGCCCAUCUCGGCCGUGGAUCUCUGGGACUUUGAUGUCUUUUUUGCGGGAUCCGAUGGUGCUUGGCUCAUGGAUGCGGUGACUACGGGAGGGUCGGGCUGAAGGCGGACUGCUGCGUUGCUUCCACCAUGAUACGCAUUUGUAUCUUCGACACACAAGGUCUCAUCCAACCGUGCGGGGCAUUUGAUAUCUGCAUUUGACAUUUACUGGGCCAAACACCAACAGGCGAAGCGGGUUUGUUACAUUCGUUCCGA